UCUCUGCGCUCUGUGGCCUGUGGACCAUAGUUUGCAGAGAGACCCCAAUAGAAAUGACAGUGUUUCCAGCUUUGCGGCGCAUCAGUGCUGCAAUUAAACCAGUUUUCUCCGUUUACUGCCAUGGAGGACUCGCAUCUGUCCGUGGACUGAGAACAUCAGCUGUCAGCUUCAACCCAGAUCCAUCUAAUCCUGAUUACGUGGUGACACGUGAGCAGCUUAAGGCGAUGCUGGCCAGUCACAGUGUCCAGCUGUUUGACAUCCGAAAUCGAGAUGAAUUCCAGGCAGGCCAUAUUGCUGGUUCUGUCAAUAUUCCACUGGAUCAGCUUGAAGAGUCCUUAAAGCUCUCCUCAAAGACAUUUGAAAAAUGCUUUAAAGUAAAAGCCCCCAAAAAAGAGGACGACAACAUCGUUUUCCACUGCCAGAGAGGCCGCAGGAGUUUAACCGCUCUUGAUAUAGCCUGGAGAUUAGGAUUCAGCAGGCAAGGUCACUAUGCUGGAGGAUACAGUGAAUGGGCAGAGUUGGAGAAACAGUAACUAAUCAAGUUGUAAAACACAAUGGGAUGUGUUUUAAAUAUUACCUUUGUACUUUAUUAGAAAAAAGUGUUGCAUUAAAGGUCUGUUAUCUGA